GAACCCGUAUCAGUUAGGUUUAUUGUGCGCCUGACGUCAUCACGUCAGGUCUGUUUUCAGAUCUUGAUUUUCCCUCGCGACUGCAACUGACUUUUCUCCGGGCCAGUUACAUUUGGUUUUGGAAAUAAGAUUUUUCCUUAAGUUGUUGGUGGUGGACAUAAUUCCGGGCUAGAACUACGUUACCUAAGAAGGGUGUCGUCGUCCCUCAUUGGUCCAUGUUGGCGCGGUUAUGCCCCUUGGUGGGCCGUCUUGUAGGUGGCGAGAUGGAGAUCAAUCUCACUAUGGAAUGAACUGCCCAAAAUACACGAUGUCUGACUAACAUGGCACAUGCAAGACUGAGAGUCAUUUUGGGGCAGCACAACAUUGAGAAACUGAGUCUCCAAAAUGGAAUACCAGAUUCACUUGAGGACCUUCUGAGCUUGGAUUUGGGGACAAUCAAGGUGAUCCACCAGCAAACAAAUCUACUUUCGAUCACUGCCACUGAGAACACUGACACCUCAUCUCAUUCACAUGAGUCUGAUGAUAGUGUUUCUUUGGCAUCAAGCGACACAUUAAUCCUCUCGUCCCGAGUCUGUGUCAUGUCAAACACAACAGUGGCCAGAGGAAUUUACAGUUCCACAAUUUUCAUAAGACACAGAGCUGCAGCUAGCAAAGGGGAAUUCCGAUUGCCAUGUGAGCCAAAAAAUGUUGACUGUCAGGACCCGAAUGAAAUCUGAUAUCUUGAAUAGAUUAGCAGAAUACAUUUACAGAUACAAAUGCAUAGAUACAAGGCCCACCCAGAAGAUGAACAUUUAUGUGCAGUUGCAGAGGCCUUUAUCAAAAAGCACCCUUGCUUGAGAGAACCAGGCUCAUUCAAUGGCUGCUACGGUUGGAAGCAACGACUAAAAUCUAAGAUGGGAAACUACAGGACUCCGCUCAAAGUGCAGGGGUGUCCAGAGCUGUCUUUUAACUCCGUAAAAUAUAAAGCUUCUGCAGAUUGUUUCCCUGCUAGAAAAGUAAAAAAGCCAAAAAGAGCUGAAGCAAACUUUUAUCCAUCCUUCCCUACUGGUGAGACGGUGGAAAGCCUUGAAAAAGAAAGACUUGAACUUCUGACAGAGAUCACCAUAAGAAACAACAAAAUGCUUUGCACGCUUGCCUACAGACGACAGGAGGUGGUAAACCAAGAACCCAGCAUUAAGGACUUCAAGGACAGAUGGCCUGCACUGUUCCAACAGAAAGAGAUCAAUGCAGAGUUUCAGAGGAUUACUGCUGUUCCUCUUGAGGAGAAGUUCAUGGCCCAGUUAGACAUGCACUCAAGCCAGUUGAUUAGAGUCAUCUGCACCAAUGGAGGAGCAACACGCCAAAAGACUGCUGACAUCAUAAAUACUUUGGACCAGAACUCAAGAGCAGAUGCUGUGAGGGAGCUGGAGCAGCUCACCAUGGCGGUGUUUGUCAUCAGGAAGGAGGGGGAAGGACUUCAGGAGCCACCUGAUGACAUUGGAAUAGUCAUUGAGGGCGUUGCGUUGUUGCACGGGCUGACUUCAGUUGCUUCUGCUUGUGCCCUUCUUCUGGGUUUGAUAUAUGCACUCAACCUUGCUUAUUCGAAAACCCUUCAUUUCACUUUUAAAGUGCUCCAGAAAAUCAUCAUGCAACUUGAUCAGCACAAGAUGUCCCCCAAAGUCCAAAAUCUGUAUGGCAGACUUGAAAGCUUACAGUAAGGACAGACUGUUGGAUUCCUCCCCUCGCCAAAAUAUGGCCUAGUGCCAUAUUGUGGAAGAACAAUAGUGUUUAUAUGUGAUGUGUAAAAAUGCUGGCCCUUUGUAUGCUGUGUUAAUGGUUAGAUGCCAUUAUUGUAGCAAAAGUGUGUGUGUGUGUGUGUGUGUGUGUGUGUGUGUGUGUGUGUGUGUGUGUGUGUGUGUGUAGAGAUGUGUAACUAUCUUAAUAUGCGUGUCUACAAACAUAUUUGUACUGAGAUAUGUAUAUGUGUAGAGUAAUCUGCAAUUGCAUACUAUCGAUUUAAAAUACAAGAAUUAAAGCAUAUCCUAAAACACGCAUAACUCGUUAAAACACACAUCUGCAGCGCCAGAAGUGUAGCAAGAGUCACGUGUAUACAGUGGCUGGCCGUGCAUUUCACACCUAGGCCUUCAGUGAUGUCCUACAA